CAUACAAUGAGGGGGGAGGCCGGCCGCUUGCCGCUCUGCUCUGCUCAGUCAGCCCCAGCCCAGCGCUGGCGCGGGGGGCUCCCCAGCUGUCGCCUCGCCCGGCCCCCCAUGCCACUGUCUGUUGGGUUUGAAGAUGCGCCUGGCCCCAUCCGCUCGGCUGCCCUGAAAGAGCAGGCCUGAAGCAUGUGAUCGCUGGCAUCAUGGAGGAGGUGGACUCCCGGUCGCCGUCCCCACACAAGGCGGUGGACUCCAGCCCUGCCAGCUGCGCAGCCCUGCCGUCUCCCCCACUCCAGCAGGAGCCUCUACCGUCCCCCCUGCCUGAGGAGCUGUCCCCUGGCGAGGGCGAAAACCCGGCCUUCAACGGAGAGCUGGACCUGCAGCGUUACUUCAAUGGGCCAGGGCCUGCACGGGGGGCAGGCGGGGGGCGCAAAGCCCGGCCCUACCCCUGCGCCGUCUGCGGCAAGCGGUUCCGCUUCAACAGCAUCCUAGCGCUGCACACGCGGAUCCAUGCCAGUGAGACCCCCUUCACCUGCCCCUACUGCGGGCACCGUGCUGCCCAGCGCGGCCUCCUGCGGCUCCACCUCCGCUCCCACCGCCCUGAGGCCUGCGCCCGCCUUAGCCACCAGAGCCGCCUGCUGCUGGAGCUGGAGGAGCGGGCACUGCUGCGGCGGGGCCCGCCAGCCGCCAGCGAGGGGGAGGAAGAAGAGGAGGAAGAGGAGGAGGAGGAGCCCCCCCCGCUGCCUAUCCCCCCGCCAGCCCCUCCCCCUGCCCCCCUCUUCCGCUGCCCCUUCUGCAAAGGCAAGUUCCGGACGGUGGAUGAGCGGGAGCGACACCUGCGGAUCCUGCACCAGCCCUACAAGUGCGGGCAGUGCCCCUUUGCUGCCGCCCAGGAGGGGGAGCUGCAGCGGCACAACCAGGAGGCCCACGCCCCCCCAGCGCCCCCAGCCCCAGCCGCGCCGCCCCCCGCCGAGUUCCGCUGCCACGUGUGCGGCCAGGCCUUCACCCAGUCCUGGUUCCUCAAGGGGCACAUGCGCAAACACAAGGACUCCUUCGACCACAAGUGCCAGGUCUGCGGGCGCUGCUUCAAGGAGCCCUGGUUCCUCAAGAACCACAUGAAAGUGCAUCUCAGCAAGCUGGGGCUGAAGGGCGAGCGGGGUGCGGCCGUGCCGGCGGCUGGCGGGAAGCCCAAGGCGCCUCGGGGGCUGCUGCUGGGCUAUGAGGCACUGUACCCUGCCUUCCUGCCGCCCCCGGACAAGGCCGAGCAGGGAUCCUUCCUGGGCUACCUGGAGCUGCGCCCGCCAGGAGACGCCAGCUGCGUCGAGCGGCUCCAGGCCACGGCCCGUGCAGUGGAGAGUGGGCAGGAGGUGGCUUCCCAGCUGUGGGGCGAGCGCCGGCGGCACAAUAGGGUUGAGGAGGCCAGGGAGGAGGGUGGCGCCGGCGUGGGACAGCACCGCUGCCCCGACUGCGCCCGGGCCUUCGCUACCUACCAGCAGAUGGCCGUGCACACUCGCAGCCACCAGCCCCAGGAUGGUGAUUGGGCCAGGGGCCGGGCCCUGGGGGCGCUGGCUUCGCUUCACGCAGCAGCGGGACACGGUCUGCCCACGGAUGGCGGGGGCAGCUCCAACGCAGGCACCGGCUGGGGCACGGCCCUACCCAGCCCGGGGAUACAGGAGGAGAAGGGGCUGCGCAGCGGGGCCCUGCGUCCAGAUGGGGGCCGCGGCACAUCAGGCAAAGACUGUCCGUACUGCGGGAAAACCUUCCGCUCCUCCCACCAUCUCAAGGUGCAUCUGCGUGUCCACACAGGCGAGCGCCCGUACAAGUGCCCACACUGCGACUAUGCUGGCACCCAGUCUGGCUCUCUCAAGUACCACCUGCAGCGCCACCACCGCGAGCAGAAGAACGGCGCUGGCGCAGGCGCGCCACCCGCCUUCCCGCCGGAGCUGCUGCUGCAGGCAGCUGAGAACUACCGCGGGGCCUUCCUGCCGCAGGCCUGGGGCACGGCCAGCCAUGAGCCCCCGGCCCGGCCGUCCCGCCGCAAGCCGGCCUGCACUGGCCGAGCCCUACGCAAUGGCCGGGCCGACUUCGAGCCGCUGGACCUGUCGCUGCGGCCGGCGCUAGAGGGGGUGCCGCCUGGUGAGCUCACCCUGCACCGAUGCCUCUUCUGCCCCUUUGCCACUUCCGCACCUGAGCUCAUGGCCCUGCACCUGCAGGUCCACCACAGCCGCAAGGCCCGGGGGCGCCGCUCUGUCAUGGCCCCCCCCGUACGACCCCACACCUGCCUGGGGCAGGACAGGGAGCAGCCCCCACUGCACCCCCAGGACGAGGGGCCUGGAGUUGGGGAGGAGCCCCCCACCGCUGUGGCCCACAUGUCCCAACGGCCCCCUGGAACCCCUAUGGACACGGAGCCGAGUGAGAGGCAAGGGGAGCUGGAGCUGGUGCUCGCUUGAGGCAGCAGAGCAGCCAGCCAGGGGCCCUGCUCUCCCCACAGGGCCUGGAGACCCCAGUGUCCAGGAGGGGCAGGGACAUGAUCCCCUAGUCCUCCCACUAGUGGGGCAAGGCCGACGCAGGGGCCUGUAGUGUAGACAUGAAACACUAACACUGGGCGGGAGAACUCGCUAGAAAGUAGACUCAUAGGGACAGUGAGCCAACAGGGGAGGGAAGCCAGGAGGGGACAGAGAGCCACUGAUGAGGGAUAUGCCUGGUAAGGGCAGAGAGCCAUGGGGAGUGGACAGCCCCUGCUGCUCUGCACCCACUCCAGCUCCACUGGCUGGCAGAGGGCUGUGGCUAGCAGGGCACUCUGGCUGAGUCGGGGUGCCCUGGCUGGCUGGGGACUGUGGUGGGGCACUCAGAGUGUAGUGGCAUGCUCUGGCUGGCCGGGGGCUGAGUCAGGGUGCCCUGGCUGGCAGGGGGGCUGUAGCGGGGUGCUCUGGCUAACGGGGCUCUCUCCCCUGGGGUUGUGGUGGUAGUUUCCUAGUGUCUGUAGAUGUCUCCGUUGUCGGUUCCAGUGUUGUCAUGCUAACAGAGGCCCCGGCGGAGGCUGUGGGUCUAUGCAGCUCUGGGACACGAAGUGCUGCACAGGAAGCGGGCCGAGCAGAGACAGCCGUGUCCUGGGCAGGGCCAUGUCCAUGGAAGGGUCUCUGGGUGUGUGAGUGUCCACACCCUGGCCUUGUCUCCAUUGGGACUCAAGCUGUAGUGUGGUCUCCGUGGUGAUCGUUGUGUGGCCUCCCCCCUGUGGCUGCCGGUAUUGUGGCCUCGUCUCCAUGGUGAUUGGUGCCAUGGCCUUGGCCCUGUGGCGAUGGUUGCCGUGGCAGCUGGACGAUCCGUAGAGUUCUCUAUUUUUUUUAU